UGGAUGCGGCUCGCCGACCAGUCGUACCGCUGCAUGCACCACCGUCGCAACUUUGCUUCCGCGUCCGUCAGUCUCUCGCAAAAACCGUCGUCGUCUCCACCGUCCCCAUCGCUGUUGCGUUUUUCUUUCCCGCCCGAAAACUAUAUUUUCCUUCGAAAUUGUUAAAUUUUUGGAUAUCGAAGAAUCUAGAAUGAUGCUUAUGAAUAAUCGUCGGUGUUAGUGAGCAUCUUUGGUCCUAUAUAAUUGUUCUACGUAUAUCCGUGUAUAUUAUACAAAUUCAAUGGGAAACGCGGGAACGACCAGAAGGGGAUCAAUAUUCUCUAAGCAAGACUCUACGGGCGAUGAUGGCUCAACACGACAUAACAAGCGGCUUUCAAGCAGGCAAAAUACUUUUCUGGAAGAAGAAGAAUUUCCACCAGAGCCACCGGCUUUGCCUCCUCCAGAACCGCUGACUAUGCGGCAAAAAGAGUUGCUCACUGAAAUGUGGAAAUUGUUAGAGGAGGACAUUGCAAAAGUUGGUGUCAUCACAUUCGUAAGCCUCUUCGAGACACAUCCAGAUGUUCAACAAUCCUUUAUGCCAUUUAAAGGAGUUGAUCUAGAGGACCUGAAACACAGCAGACAGCUAAGAGAUCAUGCUUUAAGAGUUAUGGCAUUUGUACAAAAAGCUGUCGCACGUUUAUAUGAACCCGAUAAAUUGGAAACUCUAUUAAGAGACUUGGGCAAGAAACACUAUCAUUAUGGCGCCAAACAAAAAUACGUAGACUUGAUUGGACCUCAAUUCAUUAUGGCCAUACAACCGUCGCUAGUCGACCGAUGGACUGAGGAAAUGCAUUCGGCGUGGACAGCAUUGUUUUUGAACAUGGCGUACAUUAUGAAAGGUUCGAUGGCAGCCGAAGAAAGGUUCAAAGUAAAGAAAACUGCCACUUAACCGACCAGUCACCAUUUGUACACACCAAUGAUUAUUAUUUUUGUUUUGUGAAUUAAUGUUUUUGUUCUAUUUUUAUUUUAUAACGAUACAACGUUUAUCUAUUCAAUACAAUUGGACUUAGACAAGAUUAUUAUUAUUAUUCGCAACGUAAGUUUUGUUAGACAUUUAUAUUACAUUAUAUUAUUAUUAUAUUAUAGAAAUCGCACGAUAUUUUCUUCGUUAAAGUCAAUAUCUUACGAAACAACGGCAUUGUUUGUACAGCAAAUAAUAGUUAAAUUCAAAUAUAUAUAUAAUAGUUAUAAUAAUAUUAUAUUGUAACGAUGUAGGUAUUAUUGCAUUAAUGUGAACGGUUAUGACCAUGUUAUUAUACUGCUUGGAAUUAAAAUAAAAACAACAUGAUAUUGACAUGAAUGGCGUUUAAA